CUAGGCUAUAUUGGUACUGCAGGACGUUUGCCUGUGUCGCACUUGUGCAAUCAGUGGCUUCCAGUUUACUGAUCCACUGGGUAUUUCUGGUUACUAAAGUACUAGCAAUCCGAGGUGCUUUUACUUAGAACUACCAACGAUGGGUAGGACGUAUCUUCCUGUUGGAUAUCGCUCCAUCCAGUGGCUGUGCGUUUUCCUUCUGACCUUCCUCGGGAUAGCCUUCUUCCUCUUCGGCCACCGCCAUUCUUUCUCCGAUCAUGUGAUCCAAAUGGGACGACUAUUCCCCAGUCCGUUUGCCAACGAAAAUGGAUCCUAUCCCAUGGAGCCGAUUUUGCUAUCGGCUCACGCGGAUGCGAAACUUCUCAUCUACAAUCGGAUUCCAAAAACCGGCGGUACCUCUAUAGUCCACCUAGUGUAUCAACUAUACCAGGCUAACAAAGUCGCGGUCGCGUUUUUGAACAUCACACAUGAUCGCCACUCCCUCACCCUAUCCAACAGAUUGCUGCUAGUGAGAGAUUUAUCCGCUCGCGACUAUUCCAGGCCUCUACUGCUCCACGGGCAUUUUCGUUAUUUGAACUUUAAACAAUGCGGCUCCGUUGUACAGCCCUUAUACAUAAACAUGAUACGUGACCCACUGGAUAGGCUGGUGUCGUACUAUUAUUUCCUGCGGUUUGGUGACGAUUUCCGACCUUACCUUAUUCGGCGAAGAAUGUCCAACCUGGUACAACAGUCACAAUCAUUUGAUGAAUGUGUUGUCGCCAAGGGCUAUGAUUGUCAUCCCAACAAACUUUGGCUGCAAGUUCCAUUCUUUUGUGGUCACGCCGCGUAUUGUCAAGUGCCGGGCAGUCGCAUGGCAUUAGAAACUGCAAAACGACGAGUGACAGAAGACUAUGUUUUGGUCGGCAUUACUGAAGCCUUCGAUGACUUUGUUCUCUUGUUGGAAAAGAUAUUCCCACAGUUUUUCAAUGGUGCACUGACGCUACUUCGCGGUAGCAACGGGUGGCACAUGCGACGGACAAUAAACAAGUCACCAAUCAAUGAAUCUACUCGAUCAUAUUUCAAAUCGAACCCAGUUUGGCAAGUGGAACAAGAAUUCUACGAUUUCGUUCGGGAUGAGUUUUGGAGCAUGCGAAAUGCCCUUGUCCGUGGGUCACCUGUGGACACACAUACGAAUGGAACAGAGAGCCCACUUUCAUGGAGUAGGCAACAAUUGUUAUAUCAGCGAAUUAGACCGUCCGAGGGCGAGUGAAAACACAUGGGGAUACCUUUACUUCGGCAACCACGCCCUCUGUACUGAUUCUACACGUUUCACAUAUACACAACCACGUAAAUGGAUCGUGUAGCAUACAUGCACUUCCUUGCUCCACUGACUGCCCCGUGAACACGCUCCUCACUCCUGUACUUACUUUGCACCUCGGGCUUUCUACGAAAAUAAAUCCUUAACUACC